CUCAAAGUUGGUCAUUAGUGCAGUGUGAGGGCGAGCUUUCUGCGAAUAAGGUCGUAGGCAGUGGACUUUCUGCACCCAGCUUUUGAAGGUCUCUAUUGAUUAUUACUUAUUUAACCAACCAUGAAGUCCCUGGGGUUACCUUUGCAUGAAGGCCAAGAUAAAGAUAUCUUGGAAGCAGAAAAUGAGCUGCUACGAAAGGGACACCGUCGCAAACGCGAGUUCAUACCUGAGGAGAGGAAGGACGCCCUCUACUGGGAGAAACGCCGCAAGAACAACGAGGCAGCCAAACGAUCCAGAGAGAAGAGGAGGUUGAAUGACUAUGUGCUGGAGAGUCAUCUCAUAGCCCUGAAGGAAGAAAAUACCAGGCUUAGUGCAGAAUUACUGGCUAUCAAGCUUCACUUUGGUCUGGUCCGUCCUGCAGCCUACACUGGCCUCACGAGUAACCCACCUCAUCCAAAUGUUCACAGCAGCACUCAGCCAAUCACUGCCACUAACAUGCACCACCGUUCCCUGCAUAGGGAUUACUACUGGGAUGGUAGAGACUCCUCUGUUAUCCCCAGCCGCCAACCUGUUUUCUUCCCAGCGUAUGCCUUUCAAACCCUGAGAAGUUAUCCAUAUUUGAACACAUCUGGUACUGUUGGCUCUGGCCUCCUCACUCCCCUUGUCCACCCACACAAUCUGCUGCCCACCCACUCAUUCCAUCCUGCACCUCCCAUACUGAAGCCCGUUCCUACCAGAGGUAUCUCAGAUGAGGAGGAGGAGCAGGUCCAUGAGAAGAUGUCCCUGUACAGCUCAGCUCCACCUCGCAAGACCUCAUCGAGGGGAGACAGAAACUACUCUUCCCCAAGACAUUACAUGUCUGACUGACUGUCAAAUAAUUAUGCUUUAUUAAUGUGACUUCUCUUUAAGUAAUACCAGAUACUCUUGCUUACACUGUUACUUUUGCUUGAUUUCGAUGAAUAUCUCACCAAUAACAUUAUUCUGUAAGCCUCAAAAUAAAAUCAAUUUAUGAACAAGUUCA